AUGACAGACGAGUCGGUAGUUCCUCCUGCCUUAUCAACAAUACAAGGUGAGGAAUCCUUUGAUCUUGGUCGAUUUAGUGACAUUAAAAGAGACAGAUAUGGCUAUUUAGGGCGUGAAGCUGGUAGCCGUGACGAACUGCUAGUACUCAUUAAAGAGCACUAUAUGGUUGAUGAAAUAGUACAGUUUCUCAAUGAAAACAUGGAGUACCGCAAAAUCACAUUACAAUUUCCAGAUUCAUUAGUCCAAGAUUCAGCACUCGUUGCUCAAAUGAUACAGGAUCAAAUCGUAAGUUGUACAGGUAGGAACGAAGAAGGGUACUCAAAGACUGUUUGUGAGAACAAUUUGGGGUCUGGCUGUUGCCAAAAGAUCGCCAGUUCUGACCUGGGCGGCAGACAAAUUUGGAUAUUGGCAGAUACUGCUUAUAGUGCAUGCUGCGUAGACGAGGUAGCGUCUGAACAUGUAAAUGGUGACCUAGUGAUUCACUUUGGAGAUGCAUGUUUGAACGCCAUUCAAAAACUGCCCGUCUUAUACUGUUUCGGAAAACCCCAUCUGAAUCUCGACGACAUAACUGCUAGAUUUCAACAGUCUUUUGGUGACACAAACGAAAAAGUAGUCCUUAUGGCCAAUGCACCUUACACACACCACUUGGCAACCCUAUACGAAAAGCUGAAGUCGUUGGGCUACCAAAACAUUUUAUACUCUGACCUCAACCUUGACUUUGCAGGUCCUUCGGCUUUCUUUGUGGGACGCCCUCGCCAAACAGCAUAUAAUGUUGCUUUCACGCUAGAAAAUAGACUUUUGUUACACUGUGGUGAGGAAGCAAAUGUAACCAGUGAAGAUCUUCAAAGCGACUACAGCUUGUUUCACGUUACGCAACCAGAUGCCCCUAGGCUACUGUUUUUGACCACCAAAUUCAAAUCAUUAACGAUAUACGAACCCAGCCAAGAUACUUUGUCGCAAGGUCCAUUUCCAUCAAUGAUGCGGCGUUAUAAGUUCAUGCAUGUGGCUAGAACCGCCGGUACGAUAGGCAUUUUAGUCAACACCUUAUCGCUAAGAAACACCAAAGAGACCAUACGCCGCCUUGCCAAACUUAUAAAGGACAAUGGCAAGAAGCAUUACAUGUUUGUCGUCGGUAAACCAAAUGUUGCAAAGUUGGCAAAUUUUGAGCCCAUCGACGUAUGGUGUAUUUUGGGUUGUGGUCAAAGCGGCAUAAUUUUGGAUCAAUUCAAUGAGUUUCUGAAACCAAUCAUCACUCCAUAUGAGCUUACUAUGGCACUGAAUCCAGAGGUUACAUGGACAGGCGAAUGGGUUGUAGAGUUUAAGCAAGUCUUGAAAGAUCUCGAAGAAGGUGAGGAAGCGCAGGUGGAAGACAUUGGUCAACAAGAGCCUCAGGCAGACUUUGAGAGCGAUGCGCCGGAGUUUAAUGCCGUUAGUGGUCAAUAUGUGAGUACCUCGAGACCGCUGCGGAACGUCGAACACAUAGAUAUCAGCGCUUCCAGCGAAGAUAAACGCGGGAGCUCGAAUGAGCUGGUGGAAAAGUUCUUGGGAGCCGUAACGAUUGGUAGUACAUAUUCUACAUCUGCGGCCCAUCUUCAGAACAGACAGUGGUCUGGUCUCGGAAGCGAUUUCACGCCUGAAAACUAUGAAGAAGAAGGAGCAACACUUGAACAAGGUGGCAGUGGCAUAGCAAGUCAAUACGAAUUUGACAAGAAGAACAAAGUUUAA